AUGAAAAACGGUACCUCGCUCGCUUUUCGGUGGGACCACAUUGAGGGCGGGCGCUCUCGCUACGAUGACGCUCAUGGCAGGCGAGGAGACGAAGCGAGCACGGACAGCCGUCUCGGCGCUGUCCUGCAGUACGCCACGCCGGAGCUGUGCAUGCAGCGCUGCAGCGCUGAGCCCGAGUGCGCAUGCGUUCAACUCGACACCACCGCUGACUGCUACAUGCUUCGAUCCGCUGCAUGUCGCGACCCGUCCUCGCUGCCACGUGAUGAGUACUACAGCGUGUACGUCAAGACUGCUUGCGGCGAUGCGCCAGACGUGUGGACUCGGCGCGCCCUUCCCGCCGACCCGAUGCCACCGCAGCCCGAUUCGCUGCUGCCACAGGUAAUCGUAGCUCGGCGGCCUGGGACGAUUACCUGGUGGCCGCCGACUGCGGUCGACCUGUGGUGCACCAACGAGCCGGCCGCUCUGGCGGCGUACGGCCACAUCUCGGGCUGGGACGUAAGCGCGAUCACCGACAUGAGCAUGCUCUUCUGCGCUUAUUCACCUUCGUGGUCACCUUCGUGGUGCGCGGUUAACGGCGGCGGCUCCACGACCGGCAAGGACACGUGCAACCCCGACAUCUCGGCGUGGAACAUGUCGGCGGCCACCGACAUGAGAUACAUGUUCCGCGGCGCCUCCUCCUUCGACCAGGACAUCGGGUCGUGGGACGUGUCGGCCGCCACCGACAUGAGCUACAUGUUCUACGGCGCCUCCUCCUUCGACCAGAACAUCGGGUCGUGGGACGUGUCGGCGGCCACCGACAUGAGAUACAUGUUCUACGGCGCCUCCUCCUUCGACCAGAACAUCGGGUCGUGGGACGUGUCGGCCGUCACCGACAUGACCUGGAUGUUUGAGAGCGCCUCCCUCAGCGACUGCAACAAGGCGCUCAUCCACGCCGGCUUCGACGCUCAGACGAGCGCGUGGCCCUACUCGUGGGGCUCACUAGAGCGCAUCACCUGCCCGGUGAUGAGCGCCCUCGUCAAGAACGGAGACCUGGUGCCCAGCCCGGCGGGCCUGAUCACCAAGCAGCAGACGUUUGACGCCCUGCUCCGCGUCGGCAUCUCGGAAAAGGUGGCUACGGAGACCACGGAUGCCAACUUUGACCACAUCGACUCGCUCGACCUCAACGUCUUCCGGAUGAACACCGUCAAGACUUUCGGCACCCCCGACCCUCCCGGUCCGUCGGAGCACUUUCGCAGCACGGGCAUCAGGGACCGCCUCCAGCCCAGCUCGGGUGCGUACAACAUCUUUGAACGUUGCGCCGACUUUGACGGCACCGCCGGCGAGUUUAGCAGCGACGACAUUGUGAAGUGCGCAAACCUCAUCUGGGACCACGAGACCUGCUGCGACUUCGGCACAUUCCCACCAAAGCUCCGGUCCAACGACGUCCUGGAGAGCAAGCGCCCUCCCACUUGCGGGCCCACCGACUCCGGUCUCUCCGGCUGCGACCCCGACGACCCUUCCUUGGACCAGACACCCUGCUGCCGCUCGCAGCUGCACGGCGCGAUCAACUUCAUGUUUCAAGAGUUUGGCACGCCGACCGGCGAGGAGGCUCACAUGUCCACCACCGACAUGAAGAAGCUGUGGCUCGAGGCGGAGUACCCGCCCGACUUCAUAGCGCGGUCUCCUCGCAACUGCGUCGAUACCGCCGAUCCUAGCGCCGCAGGAUGCCAGCUGUGCCUCGACGAGGUGCCAACCACCGGCCCGGGCGGACUACCAGUGACAGCCGCGACCUCGACCGAGGCUCAGCGCUACUGCCGCUGCCUCGCGUCCAAGCAGCUGAGCGCGCACGAGCUCGACUCCAUUCCCGAGCACACCUCUCUUGAGUGCUCCAAGGAUCCGAUGGUCUAUGCCAACGUGACGCUGACCGAUAGACGCCGAGCUCUCUCCGAACUCACACGCCCACGCGAGCUGUUCGAUAGCGCGGCCGACGGUGCUGCGCUCCGGAACCUCCUCUCCUCCUUCUACCAGUCCAGAGGCCUAGCUUAUGAUGACGUGGAUGUGCUGAUCACCUCGCAGACACCAUCCACGUACUCUGUGCGCCUGGCCACCUCAAGGAGUGACGCUGUCUACCUGGCGUACUCGAUUCGCGUGGAUUUGAGGAGCUUCGCGCAAGAGACGGAGGCGCCAAUUGAUAUCACUGCCGUCACCGUGAGCGACGACCUUCGACUCAACGGCUGUGGACAAUUUUGCGAGGCGCAAGGGCCGUGCCUCCAAGGCACGUGUCAAGAGCUGAGCGCCUUUGCUACCAACCCGCGAUUGUCGGCUGGCUCUACUGCUUUCGCCAAGCGGUUCUUGGCCAAGGUGAACGACGGCAACAGCAAGACCUUUGGCAAGAGCAAGAAGAACAAGAAGAACCCCUGGUUCUCCGCCAAGGCACCCAGCGUCACCCUGGAAACUCAGCAGCCCGUCCGCUCCGUGACCGUCACCCGGGACACCAAGAACAAGCCGUCAAAGGCGAAGAAGUAUCUCGAGGGCUUCGAGGUCUGGGUCGGCAAGAAGGCUGGAGUAAAGGCAGUGAAGUGCGGCGGACCGUUCGUCUGGUCAAAAAUCAAGAAGGGGCCAGUCACGACGCCGUGCGACGCUGCCAAGUCCAAGCACCGCUACGUCACUGUCAGUCUCCCUGGCACCAGAAAAACUCUCGCGUUUGGCGAGAUAGAGGUACGUUAG